AUGAGGGUGUCAUGGCGGCAGGGUGACUCCACCCUUUGGGACGCCUACUCGAAACAAGGCUCCAUCGACUUCAACGGCAUCCUCCAGGAGAACGAGGAGUCCAACCCAAACUUGCACGAGGUCAUCAUCAAGACAAGCCAUGGCUGCACCGCCUGUCUCGGACGUUGUGUGCUGCAUCCGUAUGGGUGGCCCAAGUUCUUCUGGAGCUUCAUCCUGCUCUUGGCAGUCCUCUGGGAUGCGAUUACCAUCCCGCUGCAGCUCUUUGACCUCGGCUCCUUCUCAACGACGCUGGACAGCAUCAACACGGCGACGAUCAUCUUCUGGUUAACAGACAUCCCUGUCAGCUGCUUCACGGCCGUGGAUCGCGACGGAGUCCUGGACUUCCGCCCUCGCUCAUGUGUUCAUGACUACAUCAGGGGCUGGUGUCUGCCAGACGUGCUCAUGGUCUUGGGAGACUUGGUUGUAUCGACCGUAGGCUCCAACCAGAGUCUUGCUGCUACAGCCGGAACUCAGGGUCUCCGCGUCUCGCGGCUGAUUCGGCUCUCUCGCUUGGUGCGUCUGGUCAGGCUCUACAAGGCAUCGGCGACGGUGGAGUCUUUGGUUGAUUACGUUCGCUCCCCGCUGAUCGUGGUGCUGAUUGGCCUGACCAAGCUGAUUCUGUUUAUCCUCUUCGUGAACCACUACAUCGCAUGUGCCUGGUGUGCAAUGGCCUACUUCAGUGAAGGCACCCCUACCUGGGCAGAUGGCCACAUGAAAGCGCCAGACGAUUUCCGUGAGCUUUAUGCCUUGUCGCUGCACUGGAGCCUGACGCAGUUCACACCAUCCACACAGGACAUUGGGCCGUCCAACAUACGCGAGCGCAUCUUCGCUGCAGGCGUGGUGAUUUUUGCCCUCAUUGUGUUUUCAUCCUUCGUGAGCAGCAUCACCAAUCAGAUGAACCAGAUCCGCACUUGGAACGCCAAGAGCAUCGAGCUGGACGCGUUGCUGCGGCACUUCCUGAAGUCGCGAAAGAUCUCGACGCAGCUUGGAGUUCGCAUCACCAACUUCUUCAAGGUCAGUCAGAAGCAGAAGGCCGAGACUCCUUUGGAAAGUAUCUCGUUCUUGGCAAGUCUACCCGAGAGUUUGAAAAUUCAUCUCUACAGCGAGAUCUUCUUGCCUGCUUUCAAGACCUCUGGACUGUUUAGCCGCGUCAUGAGAGUCGACUACCGCCUGCUCUCGAAGACGUGCAGCCGAGCAUUCAAGGAACAGUACUGCCCACCAGAGAUCGACAUCUUUAUCGAAGGGGCGACUGCAGCAGGCGUCCUCAUCGUCCACCGCGGUGACAUGACGUAUCAGCUCCUUGGCUUGCCCGGUGUUGCAAGAUGCUCUUGA